AUUAACACCGCCUUAUGGAAUAAAAUUCAAAGAUAAGUUUAUUUACCAAUUUACAAAUACUAUCUGAUCACUGUCUGAUCAUUAGUAAAUAGCAUUCGAUUAAAACACCACGGCCAGUGUUGGUGUUAGAAUAUUUAAAAUGGAUAGUGAUACUGUGAGUGCAGGAGUAAAGGAACACAAUGAGGAAGUUACGGAGCGUGAUCCUCUCAGAGGAAACAGUGAUACAGAUAAAAGAGACAAAUCUAGGGGAACAAUGUGUUCAGCUCUCAGAAACAUUACAGUGGAACCGACAGUGUUAUUGUUUAUAUUCUCCUCCAUACUGACGAUGCUGACGUCAAUGAACUUGAGCCUGGAGAAGGCGUGUCGAGUGAACCUAAACUACACCGAGGAUAUUUGCAACAGGCUCAAAGUGCGGGACACUGUGGGCUUGGAGACUUACGAAGUAGACGUGCAGAAGCUGGCAGCUGUAGCCACAUCCUGGAAGUCUGUGCUAACGUCGAUCAUACCAUCCCUCGUGGCCAUCUUCGUGGGCUCCUGGACAGACCGGACAGGCAAACGAAUCCUAUUCAUGGUUUUGCCAAUCAUCGGGCAAAUGUUAACUUGUGCCAGCAACAUCGUUAAUGCCAUCUUCUUCUAUCAACUUCGUCUGGAGGUGUUGGUGAUAUCUGAGGCCAUCUUCGAAGGUAUUUACGGGUCCUGGUGUCUUCUUUUAUUGGUGGCCUACAGCUACAUUACCGCAAUAACCACGGAAAAGAACAGGACGUUUCGUAUGGGAAUAACCACGUUCUGUGUGUCCAUCGGCUUCCCGCUGGGCAUGGGUUUGAGUGGGCCGCUCAUGAAGAAAUUUGGAUACAUCGCCACAUACGGCGUGGCUUUUGGUAUCCAGUUUAUAAAUGUGGUGUAUACCGCCAUUGUGCUAAAAGACACAAAGAAAACCAGUGAACAGAAAAAGCAUGAGGGAAAGGGAUUCAAGCAUCUAGCGGGCCUGUUUUUUGACAUGUCCAAUGUGAGAGAUACGUUCAAAGUGAUCUACAAGGACAGUGCCCGGAUCUGUCUGCUGUUGGCUGUGGUCAGCAUUUGCUAUGGGACUAUGUACGGUGAAACAGCAGUGUCAUACUUGCUGACGAGAUACCGGUACAACUGGGACGAAGUCAUGUACGGAUACUUCCAGGCCUACAACUUUGUAACCCACACUAUUGGGGUGCUAUUCUCCAUCACAGUGUUCAGUCGGCGCAUGCAGCUGCCCGACGCGGCGCUCGGCAUCAUCUCCGCCACCAGCAAGGUCGCCAGCUCCUUCGUGUACGGGUUCGCGUUUACCUCGACGAUAUUCUUUAUUGGUCCAGUGGUGGAAAUACUAAAUGGGACGAUUUUGAUAGCUGCUCGUUCAAUGUUGUCCAAAUUGGUGGAGCCAGAUGAUUUCGGAAAAGUGAACUCAAUAUUUUCUCUAACAGAAAAUGCGAUGCAACUAGUGUACAUACCGUUAUAUACCAGAGUGUAUACAGCUACCAUGCAGUGGUUCCCUGGGUUCAUGUUUCUCAUGACCGGUGGUUUGAUGGUGCCUAUAUUGAUAGUCUUCAUAUGGUUACUAUACGAACACCGCAAACAGGCGCGAAGACAACAGGAUCCUAGGGAAAUGUUAAAUAUAGAUACUAAUAUAGUGAAACAAGUUGUACCUGAAUAAAUUAUUUUACUUAAGCCUA